UGCUGGGGUUAUGCGAAGCGGCUUUACCACAUGAAAGACCGAUCAUUCUCAGAGGCUGACCUUGAACAAAAUGUGCUCGAUUCAUUGAAUGUGGUCCCACAAUCAUCCAUGCAGCGCUUUUUCAUCAGGUCUGGUAGAUUUGUCAAUGCUUACAAGAAGGGACUUGAUGGAAAGCAGGCUGCAUGGGCAAUCAAAAGAUAUUGA